AUGCAAGAGGAUCCUUCUGGGGAUAUCGGCUUGUCCUCCCCGCUCCGAGAGCCUAUAGAACUUGAAUCCAAGCUUAAAUCUAAGAAUAGUCGACGAGCACCCCCUCCUGCAAUCGACCUUGGGCCAAGUAAUGCUUCGAAUUGGAAAACACCGUCUCCCGCGUCUCCUACCGUGCUCUCUCCGACAUCUCCCACAGCGAAUUCCCUGUCGCCGGCAUCCUCAAGUCGCGCUAGCAGGUCACGCACGAUGCCCAGAUUGACCAGCCGCCUUGAACACCGACUUAACAGGUGGAUCCUGUCUGUUGCGGUAGUCGAUUUCGACUUGGAUAUUGGGCCUGUUGUCGCAAAGUUAUACCCCAGCAUCAAGCUCGAUGCCCCAGAUAGAGAGAACAUAGCCUUUUCCUCAUUCCCAGACACCACCCUGUUCGACACUGGGACUCAGACCCAUUCUUUCAAAAUCCGCUUGUCACAACCCAUACAGACCAAUUCCGGAGAACUAGUGCGCGAACAUGGGUCAUUGUACGGUUAUGCUUCCUUUCUGCAGCGCAAAGACCCAACAUCUAAGCGAGGGUACCUCCAGCGUUCUGUAGUAUUUCUAACCCACCUACCAUGGGUUGGGUUGUUCGAUAAAGCCAUCAGCAUAUUUGGCCCCAUGUUCUUUGCCCAUGGAAACGCCAUGUUACAAUCUGGGUGUCUGAAUAUCUGCAGCUGGCCUGACCCUAUCUUAGGAUCUUCUAUUGAGCUUGGUUUGCUUGGUUCUGUCAUUAUGACUGAAGUGCCUCGAUCAAAUGAUGAACAGCAAGCUGUGAUGUCAGCGAAAUUGCAAGACACCAUGACCGUAGCCACUCUGCCCUCGCAACCCGUUUUGCCGCUCCUGGUGGAAAGCCUUGAUAAGUUGUGGACACUAUGGGAGUGUUUAGUACUAUGCGAUCCCAUCCUCGUCUUCGCCCCUUCACCUUCAAUAUCAAGCACCAUCGUUUGGUGGCUCAGAGAUUUGGCACGACCGAUCCCAUUUGCAGGUGAUAUCCGCCCGUAUUUUCAUAUACACGACCGGGAUUUUCCUUUGCUUAUCACCAAGAACGCUCCAAGACCGGGCUUGAUCAUCGGGGUGACUAAUCCCUAUUUUGAAAAUGUAUGCAAACACUGGCCGCAUAUAUUGAGUGUGGGCGCAUCCGAGAGGGUUCCAAGGCAUAGCACCGCGAGUAGGCAUUCUGCAGCUCUGGCGUCUCAAACUUUGGGACCUACCCCCGGAUAUCAUACUAAUCAUAACCGCUAUAUAUCAAAAGACCGUGCUUUGUUGAAAAGACUCGAGGCUGCAAUCAAAGAGGGACCUGUUGCGCAACUCCAAAUGGAAAUGAUUCUUAGACAGCAUUUUGCCCAGCGUUCACAACAAUUGCUUGCGCCUCUCAAUCGAUAUUUUAGCAACCUCCUCCCCAAACCCACAAAUUACUCCCCAAGCCCUUCUCUACAUGCACCUUCGCCAGCCCCCUCAUUCAACGUUUUGUCCCCAGGCUCAUCGGUCGCCCCCUCUCCAGCCGUGCGCCCGUUAACUACGUCACCAGCUCCACCUUCUGUUGUGUUAUCCGACGUUCGGGUCAAGCCAUUUAAUAGUAAAGACUUUUUCGCAUCCUUGAAGACACAUGGCGCACAGCUUCCGUUCCGCUCGGCAAGUAAACAAAAAGAGUUCUACGAGCGGUGGCUGAAAAGCCCAGCAUUUGGCGCUUGGAUUUCUGGGAGGGUAGACGCCGCUCAGAACGUAUUAGCACGAGCGGGUACCGAAAAAUAA